AUGUUAGGUCUCUGGUCGCGCUUGAAGAGCACCUUGGGACUCUUCCAAUCGUCUUCGGGGUACAUAGACACAUCUACAUCACCGACCAAUCCAGAGAGAAACAAGCAAUCGGGUCAAAAGCCUUAUUCGAAGAUAGAUGACCUUGGGUUUCUGGAAAUUGUCUCUGGAACCGAUCCUGUUGUUGAUAUUGUAGCCAUUCAUGGUAUAAAUGGACAUAGGGAGAAGACAUGGAUGACAGAUCAAGGGGUGCUGUGGUUGCGUGACCUCUUGCCGUCGGACUUACCCAACGCCCGAGUUCUGACAUACGGUUACGACGCGGAAACUCAUAGUCAAGAAUUUGUUUCCACCCAGACAAUACAUCGGCACGCCGAGAGCUUUGUCAAGGCUCUUUCGCGAGAGCGCCAGCGUGUUCCUCGACGUCCAAUCAUCUUUACCGCGCAUAACUUGGGAGGCAUUAUUCUCAAAUUGGCCCUGGUUCUGUGCAACAACCAACGUUUGGAAGCAACCAACGGUCUCAGGGACAUCCUGGUAUCCACUCAUGGAGUCUUAUUCUUUGGGACACCACACUCUGGCGUUGAAAUCACCCCCCUCAUCGACAUCAACCGCUGGGUAUCAGGGCAUAUGGAAACGACGGAAGUUAUCCUCAAAGAUAUUGCGUCUCACUCCCCCGAACUCGAGAAUAUACAGAGACUCUAUGUCGCCGCAGGCGAGAAAAUUAAUACCAUAUUCUUCUACGAAGAAUAUACGACACUCGACCUAUGGAAUCAAGGAGGACUGAACGUUCCAUAUCAUUCAGCCAUGAUAGCUGGCGACCGCGAGGCGACGACAAUUGUUCUCCAUGCUAAUCAUGACGACCUGGUCAAAUUUCCGGAUAAAGAAAGUGAUAACUAUCGAACGGUUCUCUACCAUCUCAAGGAUCACGUUGACAGUGCCCUUGACGCUAUCCGCGAGAAAUGGGGAAGAGAAGAUGACUCUCGCAGAGCUGCGAAAGGGAACUUCACCCAGCGAGGCGUCGUGCAACAGAAACCGCUGCCACCAGCGUCAACAAGCUACAUCGAAAGAAUAAAAAUCCAAUCCCUUAUCACACUGAGGCUCCUCCCAAAAGAUCGUAAACAGCGCCAACCACGGUGCAUCCUUCACGGACUUGGAGGAGCGGGGAAGACUCAGCUGGCAACAAACUGGAUAAGGCAGAAUGAGGGCAGGUUUAGUCGAGUGAUUGUCGUUGACGCUUCCAAUCAAGCCCAAUUAGAGGCAGACAUGGAGUGGUCGAUUCGUUCCUUGGGCCCGGAGUACAGUAAAAUGUCGUGGAAGGACGCUGUUGCCCACCUCGACCGCAACGAGAAAGGAUGGCUACUCUUCCUCGACAACGCCGAUUCACCAGACCUUAAUCUCGCUCCCUACCUUCCUAGUUCCCUUGAUGGGGCGAUUAUAAUCACUACUCGGAAUCAGGAAUGUGUGGGCUACGCUCCAGACGGUGCAGUUCCUGUGGGUGAUCUUGAGGAAAGUGAGGCCGUGAACCUUCUUCAUACACUUGCCCACGUCGCACCUAUACCCAGUACCAAAUCUCUCGAGAUUGUGAAGGAGCUAGGAAUGCUGGCACUCACAAUUACUCAAGCCGGAACGUAUAUUCGCAAGACGCGGCGCCUUGAUACGUACCUAGACACGUUCCGAGAUCAUCGAGCCCGACUUCUGCGGAAGAACCCAGAAAGUGGCACUGAAUACACAUCAUCGACAUACGCCGCUUUCGACCUAUCCUUUCAUCAAUUACCGGCAAGGACGCAGGAAUUUAUGAAAUUAUUGGCCUUCCUUCACCAUUCCCUCAUCCCAGUCGCUCUGUUCGAGCGGUCGAUAGCAUCUAGCUUCACUGCGUACACAGUGUUGGACGAAAUAUCUCCGCCGGGAAGUGACAAAAGAUUCAUUUCAGGCCUCAGAAAAAUCCUGGGUUGGACCUGGGAUGAAAUUACCUUCCAGGAGAUCGUCGGCCCAGCCUCACGCGCGUCGUUUAUCGACGUUUCGGCUGAUGGCUUAUUCUACAACAUCCACCCCCUGCUCCAGAUGUAUAUCAAGGAUCGACUUGAUAAAGCACAAAAUCGCUACUUCGAACGCAUGGCCACACAACUCAUACUUGGAGCAAUCUGGCCAUCGGAGGGUGGCAACGCCCUGAAUUGGCAAAUACACGCGCACGCAAACAAAGUCCCUCGAUCUGUGCAAACGGAGUACCUCACCCACGCGUUGGCGUUCCGUUCAUUCUAUGACUCAUUGGGUGAUUGGAAGGCGUGUCAUGACCUAUUGGAGUCUGCACGCUCCCAGCUGCAAUCCGCUCAAAGGCGAUCGCCGGGAUCGUUGCCAUGGCUGCUGCGCGAAAUGGCCUGGAACCUGCGAAGCAUGGGUCACCUGGAGGAGGCAGAAGGAGUAGGAAGAAGUGCACUCGAGCUGACGCGCAAAAUCUUCAGACGGUCGGAUCCAGCCACUACGUGGGCAAUGAGCAACCUUGGUUCAAUCCUUCGUGACCGUGGUCAGAUGGAGGAGGCGGAAAGAUUGCUGCGAGAGUCGUAUGCUCUGACCCUGGAGAACUUUGGACGACAACACCCAGACACCAUAUCGGCAAUGCAUAGCCUCGCUCUCACCUUGUAUGACCGCGGUCAGUUGGACGAGGCAGAAAAAAUGCAGAAGGAUGUCCUCGCUCUGCGGCUGGAGAUCCUUGGAGAGCGACACCUGGAUACCAUAUGGGCAAUGAACAACUUCGCUCUCACCUUAUAUGACCGUGGUCAGUUGAACGAGGCUGAAAAGAUGCAGAGAGAUAUUCUCGCUCUGCGGCUCGAGAUUAUGGGACAACAGCACCCAGACACAAUGUUGGCGAAGUCCAAUCUUGCACGCACUCUCAGUAAACGUGGGCAUCUGGAUGAGGCGGAGAAGAUGCAGCGAGAUAUACUUUCACUGUCGUUUAAGAUCCUUGGACAACGGCAUCCGGACGUCAUUCUGGAAAUGCACAACCUUGCUCUCACCUUAUCUGACCGUGGCCAGUCGGACGAGUCUGAAAGAUUGCAGAGGGAUGUCCUCGCUCUGCAGCUCGAGAUUCUUGGAGAGCGACACCUGGAUACUAUAUGGGCGAUGAACAACUUGGCUCUUACCUUAUAUGACCGUGGUCAAUUGGACGAGGCUGAAAAACUGCAGAGAAAGGUCAUGACUCUGCGACUUGAUAUCCUUGGACCACGACAUACUCACACCAUUUCGGCAAUGCGCAACCUAGCAGGCAUCCUACACGAUCAUGGUCAGUUGGAGGAGGCAGAGAAGAUAAAGCGAAAAAUCCUUGCUCUAACGCUCGAGAUCGUCGGGGGCCAACACAUUGACACGAUCAAGGCAAUGGAAAGCCUCGCACGUACUCUACACAAUCGUGGUCAGUUGGACGAGGCGGAGAGGAUAUGGAGAGAAACACUCGGACUGCGGCUCGAAAUCCUCGGGAAAAUGCAUAUCGAUACCAUUGCUACAAUGGACAGCCUCGCUCUGACAAUUUAUAGCUACGGUCAGUGGGAUGAGGCGGAGAAGAUAUGGAAGGAGGUACUUGCGCUGCGGCUCGAAAUCCUCGGAGGACAGCAUCGAGCUACAAUAAGGGUAAUGAGCAGGAUCGCAAGCACUCUACACAAGCGUGGUCAGUUGGACGAGGCGGGAAAGAUAUGGAGAGAAAUACUCGCGCUGCGGCUCGAAAGCCUUGGUCCAAGACAUAUUGACACCAUUGAUACAAUGGAUAGCCUCGCUCUGACACUUUAUGGCCUCGGCCGGUGGGAUGAGGCAGAAAAGAUGUGGAGAGAGGUACUCACUCUGCGACUCGAAAUCCUCGGCCAGACGCAUAGUGACACCGUUAGGGCAAUGAAAAACCUCGCCGUAAUGCUCUAUAAUAGCCGUCAGUGGGUCGAAGCGGAAAAAAUGUGGAGAGAAGUAUUUUUACUGCAGCUUGAGAUUCAGGGACAACAGCACCCAGAAACUCUUAAUGCGUCAUACGACCUCGCCUUGGCAUUGUAUGCGUGCGGUCAGUUUGAGGAAGCUGCAAAGCUUUUGCAAGAGACAGUAGAACUACGGGUUCAGGUAUUUGGGGAAGACCACACUCAUACUCUCAUGGCAAAAAAGCUUCUCAAGUAUGUUAUAGCUAGCUCUAAGCCGCCCUGGUUGUUUUCUCUCCUAUUUUGGUGA